GCAGUCGUCGUUACUGAUCCUCUUCGGUAUACAGAUGGUGAGCGCUGCUGUUUGGAUUAAAUAGGGUUGCUGAUAGUAUUGGAAGGCACAACGUGGAUUAAAACACGCGUGGAAGGGAAAGUGUGCGGCGGGCUUUUCAUGGGAGGAAACAGCCCGAGUCAUCUCCACCAUGGAGAGGGUGGAGGCGUCACGUUGGUGGAGGGCAUUCGGCUGUCAGCCAGAGUCAUCAAACGGAUGAGACAAAACAUCGCCAGCCCCCCGUCACCAAGUCCGCUAUCUUCUGGCCCAUCUCACGGAGACGCCGUCGCUCCUGUGCCCGCCCCCUCAGCGGAGCACAUGCUCCCGCUUCUGACCCCCCCUGAACCGAUCCCCGCCACGCAUCCUCAGGAACCAUCACCUUCUUCGCCCACAUCGGUCGUCACCUUUCAUGCUCCACCCCUUGCAGAGUCUUUAUCUCCACCCGCUGCAGAGCCUGGAGCGCCUGCUUCAGAUCCAUCACCUCCCAUAGAGCAGGAGACGUUGACACCGCCAUCAGACGCUCACAAUCAGAGAGCCGCCGCGGCAACGCCGAUUCCUGCACAGGUGACUCCUCCUCCUCCAGAUGUUCACCCACCGCCGCCAGCUGCUUCCCCUGCGCCCUGUUAUCCCGCCACGGAGCUAGCUGUGGUACCCACCGACGGACCUCAUGAAGGCUUGGCCUCAGCGCCUGCGGAGGAACCCGCCAACGCCGCCCUUCUUCUGCCCCCUGAUGUGGAGGAGGAAAUAGCCGCCUUUGUCUCCACGGCGCCACCUGCCGCAGUCUCUCAGGUUGGUGCUAAGGAGUUUGAGGCGGAGUUGAGGCAGAAAAUCAAAGAGGAGAUGCAAAGGAGUCUUCAGGAGGAGAUGGAGGGGAGGAGGAAGGAGCUGCAGCUACAGCUGGAGGCGAUGAAUGCGGAGAUCCACGCUGCGGCCAGAGCGCAGGCCGAGGCUCAGGUGGAGGAGCGGGUGAGGGAGGCGGACAAGGCGGCGUACGAGGCGAGUCUGAGCGACGCCAUCGCCAAGGAGCGCUUGAGGACGGAGGACGACAGACGGGUGAUGCAACUCUACGCUCAUCAGCUGGAGGAGAAAGAGGAAGCCUUAAAGAGACGGAACGCUCUCCACAAAGAGCACGUUGUUCAACUUGAAUCUAAGUGCGUGGAGUUCUUCAAGGCUUCCGCUGAGAGUUUCCAGAAAGGCAAAGAGGAGACACACAGGCGCUUUGCGCGCUUCAACAUCCAGCCCGUGUGUGGGGAUCUUCAGAGUCAAAUCCUAAAAUGCUACCAGGAGCAACCAGGAAAGACUCUGACCUGCUCCAAGAUAGCUUCCGCUUACAUGCAGUGUGUGGAACAGGCCCAGAAAAGUCAAGUAAUCAGUGGAGGUUAACUCUCACUGGCGGAUUCCAGAAGACCAUCUGACACAGGUUUAGUUCUCAGGCACAGACACUACACACUCUUCUUCUUCUUCUUCUUGGGAUCUUUUUGAAACUGCCAGCAAGAUGCCUGUGACAAGUUACCAUGAAGUGUUAAAGCUUUCCCACUACUUUUCUUUAAGGUGCAUUGUUUGGUUUGGAAGGACAGAGUACUUGUUUUAAAGACUCUGGAAUAAUGCGGUGUG